AUGGCGAUUUCGUGGAAGUCAUUCGACUUCUUCGAAGUCUCCCAAGUCUCUCUCUCCGAUGACGAAACCCGCAGCCUCUUCGACACCAACGAAAUAUCCAGCAUUUGCGCCGGCUCAGAUAGCCUCUUCCUAGGUGGUAGCGAUGGAUCUGUCAGCAUCAUCGGCAAGAGCUGGAAAGUGGUUAGGAAGUUCCAGGCCCACGAUGUCGGACGAGUCACGCACAUGCGCCAGGUCGAGGGCACAAGUUUGCUCGUCACCGUCGCCGAGGACUUGAGCAGCGAACCCGUCUUGAAGGCCUGGGCGCUGGACAAGCUGGUGCCAAAGACCAACAUGCCCACCUGUCUGAGCACCUUGACUAUCAACAACGGCCGACGACAGUUUCCGAUUUCUGCUUUCGCCGCGUCCGACGACUUGUCUCAGAUUGCAGUCGGGUUUGGCAACGGCGCAGUGACGAUUAUCCGAGGCGACCUCAUCCACGACUUGGGUACGAGGCAGCGGAUAGUGUUUGAAUCCGAGGAACCAGUUACGGGAGUGCAAAUUGCGACGGACGAGAAGCUUACGACGCUCUUCAUAUCGACGACUACGCGGAUAGUCAAGCUGGGCUUGUCUAGGAGGGGUCAGGGGCUUCCUCCCAAGACUGUUGAAGAUAGCGGCUGCGCGUGGGGAUGCAUGACGCUCGAUAAGCAGACGGGCGACGUGGUGGUGGCCAGAGACGAUGCGAUUUAUACCUAUUCGUUGGAUGGAAGAGGCCCUCCAAAGGCGUACGAGGCCCCCAAGACCUUGGUUGCCAUGUAUGCGAACUACGUGGCAGUCAAGUGUCUGCCGACGGCGGUGAACGGACGGGAUCCUGAUAGUAUGAGGCGGCGAUUUGGCGGCAGUGCUAACGAUGACCUGUUUAACGCGACCAUGUUUGUUCUCCUGGAGCCGGAUUUGCGAGUUAUUGCGCACUCGGAAACUAUGAUGUCUCCUGUGAGAUUUAUCUUUGAUGUUUGGGGCGAUUUGUACACUAUGUCUGAGGAGGGAAAGAUUUACCGAUAUCACGAAAAGCCACUGCAGCAGAGACUGGAAAUGUUGUACCAACGCAACAUGUUUCCGCUUGCCAUUGAGCUGGCUCAGAAUUCCGGCAUGGACAGCCAGCAGCAAAGCGUCAUCUAUCGCAAAUUUGGCGACCACUUGUAUCAGAAAGCGGAUUAUGAUGGGGCCAUGGUGCAGUAUAUCAGGGCUAUUGACACGACGGAGCCGUCGCAGGUUAUUCGCAAGUUUCUUGAUACGCAACGCAUACACAACCUGAUUCAAUACCUGGAGCAACUGCACGAACACAGAAAAGCUACGGCUGACCACACAACAUUGUUGCUCAAUUGUUACGCCAAGUUAAAAGACAUUGCCAAGCUAGAAAAGUUCAUCAAGUCGCCGGGAGACUUGAAGUUUGAUCUGGAUACGGCCAUCGCCAUGUGCCGACAGGGAGGAUACUAUGAGCAGGCGGCGUAUCUUGCCAAGAGGCAUGGCGAGACGGAACUUGUCGUUGAUAUUUUGAUCGAAGACUCCAAGAGUUAUAGCGAGGCGCUGAAUUACAUUUGGAGGCAAGAUGCUGAAGUGGCAUACCCGUGCAUGCAAAAGUAUGCCCGGGUACUGAUUGAAAACUGCCCGGAAGAAGCGACAUGGCUGUUUGUGGAAUAUUACACGGGCAAAUACCGACCGCACAAGAUUAGGGGUCCAAUUCCUGGCGAAGCACCAUCCAGUGGCGGCUUUGCAUCAGGCGCUGCCAGUGCAGUGCAAAAUCUUACGAAUUAUCUGCCGUUUCCCUACAUGGGUACGGCAUCAGGAACGACGGCGACACCAGGUACGCCAGGUAAUGCCACACAGUCGACGAACAAUGGCGCACUCCCGCUUGGAGAGGAGGACCAUCCGCCGCCAAAAUACACGGUGCCAGCACCGCGUACGGCAUUCUCGUCCUUCAUCGACCACCCUGACGAAUUCAUCACGUUCCUCGAAGCAUGUCUUGAAGAGGAAGACUUGAAGGUUUCUGACCGAACAGAUUUAUAUACCACCUUGUUUGAAAUGUAUUUGUACAAAGCGGGCGAGAAGAAGGGCCAUCACCGAGAAGAGUGGGAGGGCAAGGCGAAGAAGCUAAUCGAGGGCGAGCACGUACCCAUGGAAAGCUCCAAUGUUCUUUUAUUAUCGGAUCUCUCUAAUUUCCGAGACGGUACCGUUUUAGUCAAGGAGCAAGCCGGGUUACUCUUUGACAUUUUCAGAUCGUACACGUCGGCAAAGGACACACGCGGCGCCAUCAAGGCGUUGAGAAAGUACGGGCCGGAUGAACCACAGCUCUACCCAGCGGCCCUCGCGUAUCUUACGUCUGAUCCAAGGGUCCUCGAGGAAGCUGGUCCAGACGAGCUUGCCAAUGUGCUCUCCAAGAUCGACAAGGACGGUCUCAUGGCCCCCUUGCAAGUGGUUCAAACACUUGUCGGCCAAUCUUCGUCAGGCGGCGUGGCAACCAUGGGCAUGAUAAAACCGUACCUCCACGACACAAUUAGUCGCGAGCGCAAAGAAAUCCAAGACAACCGUCGACAAAUUGACACAUUGCGCGGGGAUACUGAAAAACGAAGAGCGGAAAUCGCCGAUCUAGGCUCCAAGCCAGCCGUCUUUCAGGCCACAAGGUGUUCAGAUUGCGGUCAAGGGUUAGAUUUACCGGCUGUCCAUUUCCUGUGUAAGCAUAGUUUCCAUCAGCGGUGUCUACGAGGCGGCGAGGGCGAUGAUGUGGAAUGUCCGCAGUGCGCCGGGGGUAAUGAACUUAUUCGGAAGAUGAGGGAGGAGCAGAAGAAGGCGGCGGAGAAGCAUGACCUGUUUAAGAUUGAGCUGGAGGGGAGUGAUGAUCGCUUUGGAACGGUGGCCAAGUGGUUUGGGAGGGGGGUGAUGGAUGGUGAGCACCAGGAGUGA